UGCUUUACUCGCUUUCCAGCAGCCCACUUUGCCCAGUCGCACAGCAGCUUGGAACGCACAUUCACACUUACUUGUACCUGUCACCCUUGAAACAACAAGUCGUCAAACCCACGUCCACAAAGGAGUAGAAAAAGAAGCAACAUAUGGACGAGAGGAAACGAAAGCUGUCCGUCUCCGAGGACACACCGCAGCAGCAGGCCCUGCUUGCGCCGCAGUACCAGUACCAGUACCAGCAACAGCAACAGCCACAGCAGCAGCAACAACAGCAACAACUCAACUACGCGCCUCACUACACUGCCGCUUCACCCGCUGCCGCACAGCCCCAGCAGCCGCAGCAGCAGCCGCCCCAGGGCUAUGUGCACUACUAUUCACACCCUGUGCACCACGCGCCGCCACCCAUGGCCGCUGGCGCGCCAAUGCCCAUGUACUAUGGCGCGCUUUCUCCGGCAGCGCCUCUGACUGGCAUCGCUCGGGUGCCGUCGCAGCAAGCACUCCCGCAACCACAGCAGCAGCCGCCGCAACCGCAGGCGCAGCAGCAGCUCCAGCUCCAUCCGCAACAGCAGCCGCAGCAGCAGCCCCAGCAGCAGCAGCAGCAGCAGCAAGCGCAGCCCCAGCAGCAACAGGCGCAACCGCAGUCUGGCUCGAUAGAUCCUUCUCUGCUGUUGUACAACUACCAGCACAUCUCUCCGGCGAUGGCGCAGUAUGGUCAGCCAAUGGUGAUGCACGCGGCACCGCAGCAACAUCAAACCAUGGGCCAUGUGAUGAGUCCGUUCUAUUCCGUCCAGCAGCCUCAGCAGCAGCAACAGCAACAACUACCACUAGCCCCUUCACGAUCGCCCCUGCCAACCGACGCUCAACAGCAACAGCAGCAGCAGCAGCAACAACAGCAGCAACAGCAACAACAGCCACCACAACAACAGCCACAACUCCAACCGCAACCCCAAUCUCAGCCCCAGCCACAACUGCAACCAUCGGCGCCCCAGCAACAACAACAGCAACUGCUCAUGCCAGUACACUACCACCCCGUGCCUGCUCAGUCUCAGUCCUCGUACAUGGCGCCAGCUAUGCCGCCAAUGCAGCAGUUGCAACCGCAAACGUACCAAAUCCAGCAGCAAGCUUCGUCCCAGCACCUCAUGAUGCAGCCUCGCAUCAUCCAAUCACCCCCGAUGCAGCAAACGGCGUAUGCAGGGAAUGUGCCACCUUCGCUUCAGCUCAAACCCUCACGUGCUGAAAUGCGCACCUACUUUGAGCGUGCUGAUCAAGCCAACAUGUCGGUCGUUAUUUUCAGCUCGCGUGUUGCGCAAAAAUCUUACGGCAAUGAGAAGCGAUUCUUUUGCCCGCCCCCAAGUGUCUACCUCUCUGGCCAAGGCUGGAACGGUCCUGAGGGGCAAAAGCCGUCCGUUUUGAUUGGAAUUGAAGAUUCCGGCAACGAUCUCCAGCCCCUCGCCAUGGAAGAGGGCUUUGGUGCUGCGAAAUCCCUGUUCAUUUCCGAUGCAGACAAGCGAAAGAACUUUUGCAUUUAUGUCAAGAUUCUUUCAUACACUGGUCGAGAGUUUGGCGUAUUCAAGUCAAAGCCCAUCAAGGUUAUUUCGAAGCCCUCCAAAAAGAAGCAAAGCUUUAAGAGCAUUGAAUCUGUAACGAUCAAGUCGGGCUCUGAGGUCGCCCUGUUCAACCGCAUCCGCUCCCAGACUGUCAGCACAAAGUAUCUGCGAGCAGACGAUAAUUCUCUGGUCGCCAGCUCCAACAAGUGGGGAUCGUUUGUUGUCAUGUUGAUUGAUCCACCGGCGACAAACGACGGCAGCAUCCACUACGGCAUGUCUGUUGUGCUCAAAGAUCCAAGCAGCUCUUUGACUUCUGAUGUCUUGUCGAUUCGCAAGGUCGAACGCAAUACCAUCGUCACCAACGCUGCGUCCGAGCCCGUCUCUCAGCUUCACAAGAUCGCCCUCCAGGUUCAGUCUGCUGAGCACACCUUCCUUGCGCUCAUUUCGGACGGUUUGGGUCUGGUCAAGCUAAAACCUGGGCCCUCGGGGCAAUUGGACAGCAUUGAAGACAUGAACACUUGGACAAUCAUCAGCUCUGAACGUGUGCAGUAUACCUUCUGCGAGCCUGCAGAGCCAAUUAGUGGUCCCGUCACGCCGGUUCCGUUGGUCGAGUUUGUCAAGGUGCAAAACCGCCGCAUGGUCGAAAUCCAUGGUGAAAACUUUGCUCCCAACUUGCGAGUGUGGUUUGACGAUGUACCUGCCCAAACGCUCUACCGUUGCGAGGAGUUCUUGAUGUGCACUCCGCCAACGUUUGCCGAAUUCACCAACGGUGCAUCCACGCAUUGUCGCAAGCGCACUGUCGCGCAGCUGUCACUCGUUCGUGCAGAUGGUGUUGUAUUUGCGCUCGACAAGACGUUCGUGUACGAGCCCGAGCCAAUGGGUCGCUGAUCGUUGAAGGUGUUACAUUUCUUUUUUUUGCGUUUUCUUAUGACAUGAUUUGUAUUUGACCAACCCGCUAUUCAUUGUAAUGUACUCUC